CCCGGCGGGGACUAUGCGGAGAUGGCCGUCCCGACCCGAGGCGGGAACAAAGAGUCGCCGCCGCUCAAGCCCGGGCAGCGGUCGCCGGGCUCCAGCCCCGGGACCGGCCGCGGGGGCCCGGCGCGCUCCCCCGGCAGGCAGGUCCCCGGCGGGGCCCGCGCCGUGCGGCGGGCAGGCGGCGGGCGGCGGGGCGGCAGGAGCGACCCCCCGCGAAGCGGCAGGGCGGGGCCGGCGGGCGGCGGGCUUCGGGACGCGCCGGGCCCAGGGCCCCUCCGGCUGCUGCGCGUCUGCGGAGAGCGGCUGCGAGUAUUUGUUGAUGACAGAAUGGACGCCAUUGUAAGAGCUGACAGCAAGAUAUGGCUCACUUUCAUUCUGGCUGCUCUUGCAGGAGUCCUACACUGGUGGCACAUAACAACUCUGUUUGAAAAUGACCGUCACUUUUCUCACCUGUCAACACUAGAAAGAGAAAUGGCUUUUCGCACAGAAAUGGGUCUUUAUUAUUCCUAUUUCAAGAUCAUUAUUGAAGCACCAUCGUUUUGGAAUGGACUAUAUGCAAUUAUGAAUGACAGACUAACUGAAUAUCCUUUAGUGAUUAACACCUUACAAAGGUUCAAUCUUUACCCAGAGGUGGUCCUUGCCAGCUGGUACCGCAUAUAUACUGCUGUUAUGGAUUUCCUUGGUGUACCAACAAAGAUGUGUUGGACUGUAAACAGAGGAAAAGAUCUUAGUCCUGUUGAAAGUUGUGAGGGGUGGGGAGACCCUGCUUCCUUUUAUGUUGCUGUGAUUUUUCUUUUGAAUGGACUAAUGAUGUCACUGUUCUUCGUAUAUGGCACAUACCUCAGCGGGAGCCGUCUAGGAGGCCUCAUUACCGUGUUGUGUUACUUUUUCAACCAUGGAGAGUGCACUCGUGUCAUGUGGACUCCACCUCUUCGUGAAAGUUUCUCAUACCCAUUCCUUGUGCUUCAGAUGUUGCUUUUGACCUAUAUUCUCAGGAUUCCGAAUAUUAAUAAAGGAAGCUUGAUUGCACUGUGUGUUUCUAAUAUCUUUUUCAUGCUUCCCUGGCAGUUUGCUCAGUUUGUUCUUCUAACUCAGAUAGCUUCGUUAUUUGCUGUGUGUAUUAUGGGUUAUAUUGACUCCUGCAAAUUACAGAAGAUACUCUCUGUUCAUAUGGUAUCUCUUGUAGUGUGUUUUAUUCUGAUGUUUGGUAAUUCAAUGUUAUUGACAUCAUAUUAUGCUGCAUCUCUAGUAGUUAUCUGGGGAAUUCUUGAAUUGAGCCCACGAGUCUUUAAAAGGAGCAGAAGUCAAGUGUGUCUGUGGGUCAUUGAAGGAUGUGCGUGGUUGGUUGGGACAGUCACCUUGAAAUACCUAACUUCUUUAGCAUUUGGAGUAGCCGAUGAUGCUCAUAUAGGUAAUAUAUUAAAAGCUAAGUUUAUUGGCUACAAGGAUUUUGAUACAUUAAUGUAUACCUGUGCUGCAGAGUUUGACUUCAUGGAAAAAGAGACUCCAAUACGAUACAUAAAGACUCUACUGCUACCAGUUGUUUUGGUAGUUUUUGUGGUAAUCAUCAAAAGGGCAGUUAAAUAUCUUAGGUGGACCUUUUCUCAGACAGGACAACAUGAAAGAGAGGAACGUUUUAUCCAGGGUGAGGUGAUAUACCAUGCAUUGCAGCUGUUGGCAUACAGUGUCCUAGCGAUUUUAAUCAUGAGACUAAAAUUAUUUUUGACACCACAUCUAUGCGUUAUGGCUUCUUUGGUGUGUUCAAAACAGUUGUUUGGAUGGCUCUUCUGUAAAAUCCAGCCCAAAACGUUGGUCUUUGCUAUUUUAGCACUGAUGGCAAUAGAAGGGUCAGCAAAUCUUCAGACUCAGUGGAAUAUCAUGGGAGAAUUUAGCAAUUUGCCACAGGAGGAACUUCUAGAGUGGAUACAAGUCAAUACUAGACAAGAUGCAGUUUUUGCAGGAGCAAUGCCUACAAUGGCAAGUGUUAAAUUGUCUGCACUUCGUCCCGUUGUGAACCAUCCUCAUUAUGAAGAUGCAGGAUUAAGGGCCAGAACAAAAAUAGUGUAUUCCAUGUACAGUCGAAAACCUGCAAAAGAAGUGAAAAGUGAAUUAAUAAAACUAGGAGUGAAUUACUACAUUCUAGAAGAGUCGUUGUGUGUAAGCAGAAAGAAGCCUGGUUGCAGUAUGCCUGAAAUUUGGGAUGUGGAAGAUCCUGCUAAUAGUGGCCGGGUUCCUUUAUGUACCCUGAUGAGCAAGGAUUCCAGGCCAUAUUUCAUCACAGUAUUUGAAAAUAGCAAUUACAGAGUCUUGAAGAUUCCAAAAGAGUAACAUUUCAUUGCAAUGAAGCAUCAGUCUUUCAACUUUUUAAACUAGUUACUAUAAGAAUUCUAAAUGAGAAAUACAUUUUUUACUAGACUUAAAAUGGAAAAGUGUGUAUUUUAUUUUUUACCAUUUUAAGUGAAUUCUGAUUAUAGAAAUAUCUUAAACCUUGCAGUUUGGAUUUCUAUUUCAGGGUCAGUCCCUUGAGAUUUGCUAUGCAAAUGAUUAUAUGUUUGCACAUCUUAUUUAACACUGAUCCAAAAGGAGUUAAAAGUAGCUAUGGAAAGUACCUUCAUUCUCAAAACCAAUGAUGUUGUGAAAUGGGACUGUCAGAAUGUCAAGCAAAGCAAGUUUACUUAAAGCUUUGGUGCUAGCAGCUUAAGACAGAAGGAAUGGUGCUAUAGCAUCUGGCAUCAUGUUUCUCAUGUUCCUUUUGCUACCAUCGCCCUUCUGGACAAGGUGGUACUUACUAGAAAUUCUCUUAAAAGUCGUAUAGUUUCACUAGUCUUGUCUGAGAGAAGUUCUUUUUUCUUUGAGAGAAUUAAGAACAUUGGUCAUUUUGGAUUGCUUAACACAUGCUUUUAAGCUUGCUUUUGAAAUGGAGAACUUUGUAGGUGGACUUGAAACUUUAUUAUUUAGGUGCAUGUUCUUGGAACCUUAUUGAUAUUAAAAAUGAAGACUAAUAAGGGUAAUAUUUGCAGCAAGCAAUAGUUUAGCUUUUUGGUGUCUAAGGAUUUUUAGCAUUCUUAUUCACUCAGAAUAAGCUGGCAUAAUAUAAAUGGAAUUUUUUUAAGGGAAAAUGCUUUAUUCAGGAAAAAAAAUCUGUUUAAUAGCCUUAGAAAUAUACUAAAAUAAAUUCUUCACUGCCUUAACUAGACCUUCAGCGCCUAACUUGAUAAGAAAUGACUUUCAAAUUUUAUGCUCUAUUUUCUUCACCCCCUUUAUUAGAUCCUGCCUGGAUUUUAUCAUCAACAUUAAAGAAAAAUUGAAUUUAACCCAACUGUGAUAUGAGUAUAGUCAAACAGUGGUGUGUGGUUCUUCAGUUUUUCUGUCAUCUUGGUGUCACACCAACAUUAUAGGUAAUAAAGGACUUAGAGAAUUCACUUCCCAAGAUACCUAGUACACCCUUCAGUUCUUUAACAGACAUAGAAUUUCUGUAUAUUUAUUGUCAUGGGAAGUAUCACAGUAAUGGUGAUUCUACAGUUUAAGACUUCUGAAGUCUCAUGUUUCUCUGUAUAUCGUUCAUUGUUGGGCUUUUUUUGUUGUUUGGACAUCAGUCUAUUGACAUGGCUGGUCUUUUACAGCCCUAAUAGCAUCUGGUAAUAUUAGAUGCUAUAGGAAUAGCAUCUAUCAUGUAUAUAAAAGGAAUAAUUAAAUGGGAAGCUAUGAUAAAGUUGUAGUGUAACAGCUAAUCAGUAUUCUAAGACUUCUUAUUUUUUUAAAAUCUGUCUUAUUGAGGAGGGUGAGGGAGAAUGGCUGAAAAUACAUUAGCUUUUUAACUUUUACAGAAUAGAUUUUGGAAAAAUUUAUAUAAGGAAAAUAUCACACAAAAAAAGGGGCUUUUGGGAAGUUGAUUUUUAAAAUGUUAAUUGAAUUCAAGGAAGGAGAAAAAAUAUUUAUAUAAACAUUGUGACUAGUGUUACAGCACAAAAAGGUACUGUAUUUUUAUGAAAUUUACGCCAACUGUUGACAUGUACUUAUAUGUGGUUAAAUAAAAAAAAGAUGGAAGUUGUUUUCAAGUUUC